ACCAGCCAAAGUGGCGCGUGCUCCAGUAGUCCAGGCAUUCAUCGCCUGGCGGUAAUUAAAAUGCUUUACGCUGUCCUCUCGGCAGUAGUGUUCUACAGUCAAACCGCGGAAGCAACCUACUACGAGACCCACUUCAUCGAGCCCCCUCGAGCGCACUACGAUCGCAAUGCGCUCAAAAUGGAAGCAUACAGAUGGCCCAAUGGAAUCGUUCCGUACCAGUUCGAUGCCAGCUGCGGUCAACGGCAAUGUCAGCCAGCCAUUUUAAACGCGAUCGAGGUGCUCCACCGGAUUAACUGUGUUCGUUUUGUGCCGAAAAGCGUCGACCAGGUGGAACACAUUCGUUUUCAUCACUCGAAGCACGGUUGCGGUUCUUGGGUUGGAUAUAGGCCGAAUCGAAGCGAACCCCUCGACGUAAGGCUGGAUGACGCAUGCUUGGGUGUGACCGGAGCAGUGCAGCAUGAGUUGCUGCACGUGUUAGGGUUGUUCCACGAGCACACACGACCCGAUCGGGACGAGUAUGUGGAGAUUUUGUGGGACAAUAUCGAACCGAACUUCCGACAGAAUUUCGUCAAAGGAUCGUAUGAGUACAUGGAUACUUUUGGAUUGCCCUACGACUACGAGAGUUUGAUGCAUUAUCCUUCAUUCGCGUUUGCGAGACCGGGCUCAACAGUGACGAUGCUUUCCAGACAGAACCGGAGCUCCGAAUUUGGACAGACGAAAGGUGCCAGCUUUUGGGAUCUCGAGAAAGUGAAACAAAUGUAUGAGUGUUAACAUUGUGAUUAAAUAUUAUAUAUUGUUCUUUCAUACG